UCUGUGCGCCGAUGAGGAGUUUGUCAACCUAUAAAGACGAGGCUCUCGAGCAUGUCAGCCAUUAUUCCAAAGAGGAGCGACAGCACACCACAACCGGACUCAAUUUUGAUCAGAAGUCUGACUCGAGCAAAAACAUCACAACCCUGAAGCCAUUUAUUGCGCUUAAAUCCUUCUGCAUGGACAAAAGUAAGGCGUGUACAAACACAAGGCAAUCCGGGGUCCAACUAUCAUGAGCUUCCAUAAAACAUCUGUGUCCUUUGUGCUGAUCAGCGUGACAAUAUGGUUUAUUAUCUUCCUGUUCUGCCCCCGUCAACUGAGAGCACAGCUGGGGACUACCCCCAACAUUAAACACAUUGUGGUUGGAAGGUGUUACAGUUACAUCACACUGGUUAACCCCAGCUUAAGGUACGACUGUGAGGAGAUCUGGAGACAGUUUGAGGAGGCGGUUGUCCAUCAGUCCUCUUGUAAUGUGACAGUGGAGGAUUAUUAUCACAUGUUUUAUGCAAUGCCACAAACCUGGCCCUGUGAUAGGUUCCUCUUCUGGAGUAAAACCAGGACGCUGAUGCACAGCUACGCAGCUGUUUUACGUCACCUCUGGACCCUGGAGGACACGCUGGUUGGCUACAUGUUCAACGACCUCAUCUGGUGUGGACAAGACGAAGACUCUGGUUUUGAUUUCAGUUCUUGUCCGGAGUGGUCGGCCUGUAGGAAUCAUCCAGUGCAUUCUUUGUGGAGGCAAGCCUCACAAAAUUUUGCAGAAAUGGCAUGUGGCAACAUCACUGUGUUACUGAAUGGGUCUAUUGUCAACGCCUUCAAUAGGAGAAGCAUGUUUGGAAGUGUUGAACUGGACGGUCUGAACCCACGCAGAGUGAAUUAUGUCAACAUAAAGGUGGUGACCAACCUGGAGGGACCUUCUAUAGAAUCAUGCAGUGAAGGAUCUAUUAUGGACCUGAUCCAGAUCCUCCAGUCCAGAGGUUUCCGCUGGACCUGCACAGACAACGACCAGACCCUGAUGAUCCUUCAGUGUAUCCAGAACCCUGAACAGUCCUCCUGCCAAACAUGUGCAAACAAAAACCUCACACAGAAAGAGCCUCACAUUUAACUGAAUCACCCACAGAUUCAGCAUGUGUUCUGAUAUUGUCAUUUGAAGUUGGAUAAAAUUAAAAUUGC